AUGACUAGAACUAGGGGCGAUUCUUUAGUUUUAAGUAUAGCGGCUCACUCUAGUGGUAAUGGCUCACAACCAUUGCCUGAGUUACUAGAUGACAGUUACUUAAUGGAAAAGUUACAAGAGCUUUCAACCCAAUUGGAUUCAACUGAGGACACAAAGGAACCUGAGGAGAUACCUAAAGCACCGGCAGUUGAUCCAUAUACUAAAUAUACUAAUUAUUCUAAAAAAUUGGGGUCUCACAUUGAGGAAUAUGAAUCCAUCUUACGACAAUCGCACAAGGUCAAUGAUCAGUUGGAAGACGCUAUAAAGAUGUUUGAAGAUAUUUCCCUAAGCGUGAACAGAUUUGUCGAUAAUACCAAAGAUACACAUGAUGAAUAUUCUAGAUUAUCCCAAUUACAUGAACAAAUUCCUCAGUAUUUAGCAUAUUUCGAUGCAUUAGAUCCGAUAAUGCGUCGUUUGAACCAUGCAUCUACACCAAAUGUUGUACGGAAAAAUUCAUUCAAAUCUAUGUUGGUUAACAUCGAUGAAUCUCUUGGUUUCUUUGAAUCUCAUACGGACUUAAAAGAUGCCGAAUCGUAUAGGAUUAAAUUCAAAAGGUGUUUGGUAAGAGCCUGUGAAUUGAUUGCCAACUAUUUGAACAACCUUUUGAAGCAACUCUAUGUGGAUAUUAAUGAAAAAUUGGCAUCUAACACCAGUGGAUCUUCUGCAUCUAGAGAAGCUUUACUGUACAAUAAAUUUGCAUCUUCCGCGGAGGAAUACCAAAGUCAAGUGGUCGAGAUUAUCUCUAGAGUCACGGACGAUAAACAUCAUAGGUAUUAUGAAGAGCUCAAAUCCCUUUUAAACGAUUGCUAUGAGUGCUACUUCCAGACGAGAACCAAACUAUUACAUUCAUCCAUUUGGAAUAGAUUAGAUGAGGUGAUACUAAGAGACAAGGAACUUUCAUUGGUGAAUUUUAUUCAAGAUGGUAAAAUGUAUUUCCAACAACUAUGUUAUGAUGAAUACCAACUUUUUGUGAAAUUUUUCCCAGAGGAUGUUUCUAAGAUUAGGAUCAACCAAUGGUUUGUCCAACUUUGUGAACCUCUUUACGAUACCGUCAGAAUAAGAGUGUUAAGAGAGACUGACAUUUCCACGUUAUGUGAUUCGUUAACCCUUUUCGGUCAGUACUACGAGUUCGAAGAAGAUGCAGAGGAAUAUCAAAGACAAUUUGGUCAAAUCAAAUACGAUAAAGUUUUCGAGCCCAUAGUGCAAAGAUUACAAGCUACUUUAAUAUUGAGAGUGCAAAAUUACGUGCAAAACCAAAUUGUGAAAUAUACCCCAACUAAGGAUUCAUUCAUCAUUGCCAAUAGGAAAUCUGCAAGAAAGGAUUUGACAACUGCUAAGGAGAAGGAAGAUCCCAUGGUCCUGGCGUUCGUGGAAAGCUUUCAAGAUCAGGCAAAUGAUAAUACCGUAGAAAGCCAUGAAAAUGUACUAGAAUCUUAUUAUCCACCGUUGGUUAGAGGUCUUGCACUACUCUCCAGAAUUUAUGAAAUGGUUAAUUCUGUGAUCUUUGACGAUUUGGCUCAUCACAUAGUGCAAGAUUGUAUGUUAUCGCUCAAGACCGCAUACAACAAAGUUCAAAGUUCAACAAGCGAUUUAAACAAUUUUGAGGUUAAAUUAGCAUAUCUGAGGAAUUUGUUAAUGCUACGUCAACAGUUGCAAAAUUUUAACAUUCAAUACUCCGUCAACGAGACUUAUUUGGACUUCUCUGGUGUGGAAUCGUUCUUUAAAUCUGUAACGGAAGGUGCCAGAACCUUGAGGUUUAGAGAUUCUUCAGUUCUAAGUCUUGCUAGGGGUCUUGUGCCCAAGGUUGUCAACAACUUGGUAGAUGCUCGGACUGAACUAAUGACACACUUUAGAAAUAUCAUUAAAGAUUUUACAGAGGCUGCCGCUAAGAAUAUAAUUGAAGACACCCUUGUGAUAGACUCGAAAGAAGAUUUAUCCAGUCUAGUGGAGAAGAACGCUCGAUUGAGACAGAAUGUUGAGGAUAAAUUACCACGGAUUCAUGCGCAAAUUUGCAAUUUCAUCAAUGACGAAGUAAUUGUGGCCCAUCUAAUGGAUGCUGUACAAGAAACUGUCAUUCAGUCGUAUAGUAGUUUCCAUGAGGAAGUGAAUGAAAAGGCUGAAAAGGGACUGUUGGAUAAGGAGCAAGCAUCGGAACUAAUGUAUGAAGACGUCUUUGCGGACUUCCUUAGUAAAGUCUCCGGCAAAUUACCUAAUGCCAAUAAAGAAUAG